AUGGCGUCUAGUGGCCGUUAUGGUGGUCACAUGGUGGUCAAGCUGCUCUUGGCCAACCUCUGGGUCUGUCUCUCGGUCUGGGACUGGGGCCUCUGUCAGGCCUAUGAUUUUGGCUACCAUCCCAGCGCCGAGGAGUUCGAUAGUUUGUGGCAUCGCGAGCUCCUCGCCAACGAUCGCCGGCGCAUGGAGCAGCGCUUUGUCCCGCGGUAUCAGCACGCAGAGACCUCGAUCCGCUUCGAGCCACCAGAGCUGGAUUUCCAGUUGUUUAGCCAGGAGGAGGAUGAGGAUCAGCAGCAGCCAUAUGUGUUCGAGUCCGUGGAGGAGGCACCCACCGAUACGCAACCCGCGCCCGAUCUGAUGCAUGUGCAGAGUCAGCUGCUGGAGAUUAAGGAUCCCACACCUCAGCGGCCAUUCGUCAAUCACCAUCGUCCAGCGAAUGGCUCCUCCGCCCAAGCCAGUUUCCCCAUCUUCUUUACCAACCCUGCCACAGGGAUUGUCUAUGCCAUCAGCCAAGUCGGAGAGGGUGCCCAAGGUGUCCAGGGAUCUCAACCCCGCAAUGACAGCGGCGGCGCCAUAGCCAUCUAUGUGACCAAGGCACAGUAUGAUGCGGAUAUCCAGGCAUUGCGGCAACGCUACGAGGAGCAGUGCCAGCAGCAGCAGCAGCAGCAGCAGCAAACCAUUCCCCCGGGCACCGUGCUCUCCACGCCGAACCUGAAGCCGAGCCCCCAACAAGGAGGAGUGACUGCUCGGCCACAGAUCAUACGGCUGCAGAAGCCCAAAAAGAGGCCGGGUGGUGCCACCAACAAGCUGCCAAAGCCGCAGCAUCGACCGCCACCGGUGAUGGUGACCAGUGGACCCAUAACCACCAUCAACGAUCAGGUGUUUAAGAUGCACCACAAGAGUAGCAGCACCACCACCACACGGAGACCCAAGACAUCCACAACCAAGCGAAAGAAGCGCAAGAAGAAGAAGCCGAAUCCCGUGAAGGCAAUUAAACGCCGGCCUGGCCACAAGCGGAGGAGUAACAGCACCACUGAGCGACCCGAAGGUCCGCCACCCAUUAUCCUGGGCACGCGACCGAGCAGCAGCAGCAGCACAACAACCACGACGACAACGAGACCGCCGCCUGGAUCCACACAGCUGGAGAAGCCCCAUAUGCCGCAGGCCACCACAUCGACGGGGAAUAUUUUCAGUCAGCCUGCAUAUGUGAUUAACCAGGGAUAUCAUCCUCAGCAUCCUCAUUCCCAUGUGAGACGUCGUCGGGGACUAGAUGCCGCAGCAGCAGGAGUAGGAGAAGGUGCGGUAGAAGGAGCAGGAGGAUCGUCAGUAGUAGAAGGGUCAGCAGCAGUAGGAAGAGGAGCAGUUGUUAGAGGAUCGACAGUGGAAAUACCUCUAAUAAAAGGAGCGGCAGUAGGAGGAUCAGCUGCAGAAAGAUCUAUAGUGAAAGUAUUACCCAUUCGAGGAUCACCAACAAAAGGAUCAUCGGUAGUAAGAUCAAAAGGAGGAGAGGCCGUCGGGUUAGGAGGAUCGGUUGGAAGAGGAUCAGCAGCAACAACAGCAGCAAAAGCAGGAUCAUCUUCAGCAGUGGAAAAAAAAGCACUCGUCAGAGGAUCGACAGUAAAAGUAUCGUCACUCGAUCGAUCUAAAAGACCACUUAAAGCAGCAGUCGAAAGGGCAGCCACCAGAUCAUCAUCCACAUUCGUCGCAGGAGGAUCAGCCGGUGCUCGAAGAAGGGGUGGUGGAUCUGGAAGCCCAAGGCCAAGGGGACCCAAAGGCAGCAGCAAAAGCAAAUCCAAGCCAAAGCCGCGAACAACCCCAGAAGUUGGCGGUGAUCGUGCGGCAGGCGGCGCUGGUGUGGCCACUGGAGUGCUGCACCUGCCACACGCUGUCCACCUGCUGCACAGGAAUCACAGUACAGACUCGAAGGAGAAUCAUCAUCCUCAGCCAGAUCAGAUCAAAAUCCAACCAAAGAAAAAGAAAAAAUCCAAGGCAAAGGCAAAGGAAAAGGAAAAGGAGAGAAGACGCGGUCGUCCCGAGGGCUCGAACUUUGAUAUAUUCGAGCUAAUUUCUGGAGGGGAUUACGAUGACGAUACCGAAGAGGAUGAUGAGUACUAUUACGAAGAUGAGAAUGAGAAUGGAGAUGGUGACGAAAAGGAGCCUCAGGCGGGACAAGCUACCAGCAGUAGCAGCCCCGAGGACCCCAAGGAGGACAGCAGCUCGGCGGAGGAGGGAGCCGACUUUGGGGCCAUGGAGGAGUCGGAAACGACGACCCUCUCACCAACGAGCACUGAGCUGCUGGAGGCGGACCAGUUUUCCAGCACGAAGAACAGCAUGGCCAAGAAGCGUAUACGCAUCCGUAGACGACCGCCCGCUUCCUCCUCCUCCUCCUCCGAGGAGGAGGACGACAACGAUGAUGAUUCGGGUGGCAUCGGUGGCUUCUUUCGCAUGAUCUUCUACCCCGUUCAGGUGGCCAUGUCCCGUCUGAUGGACUUGGGCUUUGGCGGUCCAUCAUCGUCCAACGAUGAGGACGAGGAGGAGGUCCACAAGGUGAAUCCCACAAAGCCCCCCAUGUAUCCCAGCUACACGCUCUACCAUAGCGCCCACAGCAACGAGGCCUAUGCCCAGCCCGAGGACGACGAGGAUGAGGGCGAUGAUGACGACGAUUAUGAUGGCAGCAGCACCCUGGGCAGUUGGUUCAGCUCCUGGUUCGGACCAGGGCGACGCACCAAGAAGAUUGGUAGCACCACCACAGUAGUGCCACUGCCAGCGCCCACCCAAGAGCCAGCCGGUUGGCUGGACUCAUGGUUUGGCUUUGGCAAGACGACAACAACAACGCCCACGGAUUCCGACGAGGACGACUAUGACAAAUGGUUUUCCAGCUGGUUCGAUGCGAAGCCCAAAAGGAAAGUGCGUCGCCGCAGCACAACCUCAACGACCACCACAUCGACGACAACCAGCCAACCGUCUGCUGCCGCAGCCGCUGCCGCUCAGGUGCCCAUACUGACAAUUGUGGAUCCGUUGAGGAAUCCCCAGAACUGGAUUGGGAUACUCGCCCAUCACAUUGUCAACUCCACGGGCAACGCGAUGACUACCAGGAUGACGACCAAAGGGACCACCACCGUCAAGCCGGAUAUACCGCGCCGGAUAAGCUAUGACAAGUAUCAGAUCUGGCGACUCAAGCCGCAGGAUGAGGCACAGGUCCGGGCACUGGAGGAGUUCAAGAAGGGCGAGGAUGGUGUCAAGAUGCACUGGCUCAAGGGCCCCAGUCUCAGAGGUCUCACCGAUGUCCUAGUGCCGCCCAAGAUGCUGGUGGAUUUCCAGGGAACUCUCAACUACGAGAGCAUUGCCCAUGAAGUUCUCAUCUUCGAUGUGGGCAUGGCCAUUGCCUACGAGCAGUCGAAGGAGGACUAUCUGCACACCACACCUGUCUCACUGCAGCGUCCGUCCAGGCCCAAGCCCAAGCCCACGGCCGUCGCACAGCCUGGAAUGACCUGGAAUCGCUAUCACACACACGACGAGAUUGUCCAGUACCUUGAAACGAUGCGCAUGAGGCAUCCACAGCUCGUCGAGCUCAUCCACAUUGGACGCUCGUACGAGGGCCGUCCCCUGAUCGUUGUCAAGAUCGAGUCCAAGCAAUCUGCUUCAGCAGCCAAUGCCUCGGCCUCGGGCUACAAGAGACCCAAGCGUAAGAGGAAAUCUGGUCAGGCGAAUGCCGUCUUUGUGGAGGCUGGAGCCCAUGGUCUGGCAUGGAUUGGACCAGCGACGGCCACCUGGAUGAUCUCCGAGCUGCUGCGACUGAUGAAAACCAACAAGAGCAACGAAGAACUAGAGCUCAUACGGAACACCACCUGGUACAUAAUGCCCGUUCUGAAUCCCGAUGGAUAUGCGUACAGUCACGAGUACGAUCGGUUCUGGAAGAAAUCACGCUCCCAGCAUAUGGCCCGAGCGCCGGGCGGACUCCUCGACUCGGCCAUGACAUGGCUGCAACAGAAACGCGACCCGGACAAGGUAUGCCACGGCGUCGAUCUUGACCGGAACUGGCUGUACCACUGGGGCAAGCGGGGCAGCUCCAAGGCGCCGUGCAAUGAGUUCUAUGCGGGGCCCGCCCCCUUCUCGGAACCAGAGACGAAGGCCGUCUCCGACUUUCUCAUGGAUCAGCGCACACAGAUAAAGCUCUACAUCUCCCUGCAGGCGUAUGGCCAAGUGGUUUCGUAUCCGGUUAAGGCCAAUUCCACAUUCAAUUCGGAGCUCUUGGAUGACUUCCUGGACGUGGCCAUGGUGGGCACCGAUGGCCUGCGAAAGAAGGGCAGCAAGUCGCGCUACAAAGUGGAUGCCUCCAACGAUCUGAUUGAGCAGCGCUCUGGUUGCGCCGACGCCUUUGCCGCCUACGAGAUCGGCAUACCCUUCAGCUAUACGAUCCAGCUGGCGGAUAAUGGGGUCCAUGGCUACCUGCUGCCCAGCAGCGCCAUCGAGCCGACAGCUCGGGAUGCCUUCGAGAUCGUCAGCGGGAUGCUGGACUAUAUUUAAGAAGGUCUCUGGUCUCUGGUGUGUGGAUGUCUGGAUUCUCUGGGGUUGGGUCGGGGCUUUAUAAAAUUCUUAGUUCCUUUUUUUUUGUCUAGCUUUUAAGUAAAAAUCGAAUUUG